AUGGCCGAGGAACAGAGACUGGACGACCGAGUAGAUAAGAGGAAAUGUGAUGAUUUUACAUCGCUGUACAGCCUAGAGCCCACAGUAACCAGCGGAGGUCCUGUAUCUCAGAGGGGAAUGCCAGAUCCGAGCGAAGGGGCCUUCAAAAAGAUCAAAGCAGAGGGAGUGAAUUCAUCAUCAUCAAUGGGUGGCGGUAGCGGCGUGAAUUCGGCUAGCGGGCACACCCCGGGCUCUUGCCCCACCCCCGCCCGCCGGAGACACCGGACUACGUUCACCCAGGAGCAGCUACAGGAGCUGGAGGCCGCCUUUGCUAAGAGUCACUACCCAGACAUCUACUGUCGGGAAGAGCUCGCCAGGAUCACCAAACUGAACGAAGCCAGAAUACAGGUUUGGUUCCAAAACCGGCGUGCCAAAUACCGCAAACAAGAAAAGCAGCUAGCCAAAUCCUUGUCACCUGUUAUACCCACGUGCAAUGGUAUGAUGCGAAAUAUAUAUCCAACGGCUUCCCGAGGAUACCCUUACCCCACGGGGAAUUCCAUGAACAACGUAAUGCCCCGGUACCCACAAAUGAACACCGCCUACAACCCAGUGGCUCAGUUCUCGGGGAUGAGUUCUAUGCCCAGUUCUAACAUGUCCAGUAUGUCUGGGAUGUCCACAAUGCCCAGGCAGAUGCAGCAGUUCCAGAUGGCCACUGACUAUAACCUGGACACCCAUGAGGAUGACUGGUAUAACAAGAGUCUGACGGCUCUUAGAAUGAACAAUACACACCCUGGCCUAUCAAAUUCCGUGCUACAGUACCAAACGUAA